ACCCCGUUUAAGCAAAGGGAAGAAGCUGGACUCGCGACGUUACGUAUUCGCCAUUUUGAAUCACCGUGUGCAAAGAAGCCCACCUAAGCUGCACCGGCGUUAUCCGAGUAAAAUUUUAAAUACCUCCAAAACGGCGGAUCCUCAUCGUGCAGCCAAGUUUUAUUUUGCAUGAUGUCUGAAGAAAUGGCCACGGAUCAGGUGAACGGGAACGGAACAGAGGAGGCUCAGGAGCCCAUGGACACCACGUUAGCAGCUACUCGGUCGGAGCAUUUCCAAGCUCUACUGGAAGCUGGUUUAUCUCAGAAGGUGGCCGAGAAGCUCGAUAACCUUUAUGUAGCAGGCCUGGUAGCACACAGUGACCUUGAUGAGAGAGCCAUUGAAGCUUUGAAAGAAUUCAAUGAAGAAGGUGCGCUGCAGGUGCUGGUCCAGUUUAAAGAGAGUGAUCUGUCACACGUACAAAAUAAAAGUGCCUUUCUUUGUGGGGUGAUGAAGACUUACAGGCAACGAGAGAAACAAGGGACUAAAGUUUCUCGUACUUCCAAAGGACCAGAUGAGGCUAAAAUCAAAGAACUCCUGGACAGAACCAAAUACACACUUGAUGUUACAACAGGUCAGCGAAAGUAUGGCGGACCCCCACCUGAGUCUGUGUACUCAGGUCCACAGCCAACUGUAGGAACUGAGAUCUUUGUUGGGAAGAUUCCCAGGGACUUGUUUGAAGAUGAGCUGGUUCCUCUCUUUGAGAAAGCUGGAUCUAUUUGGGACCUCAGGCUCAUGAUGGACCCCCUAAGCAGCCUUAACAGGGGUUAUGCUUUUGUUACAUUCUGCGCUAAAGAAGCAGCACAAGAGGCGGUCAAACUGUGUAAUAACUACGAGAUCCGCCCCGGAAAGCACAUCGGUGCGUGUAUAUCUGUCGCCAACAACAGGCUGUUCGUUGGCUCUAUUCCCAAAAGUAAAACAAAGGAGCAGAUUGUUGAAGAGUUUUCAAAAGUCACAGACGGCCUGAACGAUGUGAUCCUGUACCAUCAGCCCGACGACAAAAAGAAGAACAGAGGCUUUUGUUUCCUGGAGUUUGAAGACCAUAAAACAGCCGCUCAGGCACGGCGCAGGCUAAUGAGUGGGAAGGUCAAGGUCUGGGGCAUCCUGGUCACAGUGGAAUGGGCUGAUCCCAUCGAGGAUCCCGACCCAGAGGUCAUGGCCAAGGUGAAGGUUUUAUUUGUGAGGAAUCUCGCCAACAGCGUUACGGAGGAGAUUCUUGAGAAGUCUUUCAGUGCGUUUGGAAAGCUGGAGCGAGUGAAGAAGCUGAAGGACUAUGCCUUCAUUCACUUUGAGGAGCGGGAAGGUGCAGUGAAGGCCUUGGAUGAAAUGAACGGGAAAGAACUGGAGGGAGAGCCAAUCGAGAUCGUCUUUGCCAAACCGCCGGAUCAGAAAAGAAAAGAACGCAAGGCUCAAAGGCAGGCAGCCAAAACACAAAUAUAUGAUGAUUACUACUAUUACCCUCCUGCUCCCCACGCGCCCCCUGCAAGAGGCCGGGGCCGAGGAGGCAACCGGGGUGGAUACGGCUACCCCUCCGACUACUACAGCUAUGAUGACUACUAUGACUACUACGGCUAUGACUAUCACAACUACCGCGGCGGCUACGAAGACCCCUAUUACGGCUACGAAGACUUCCAGUCCCCGAGCCGAGGGCGCGGCAGCAGCAGGGGCGCCCGUGGCGGAACUUCACCGGCUCGAGGACGCGGCAGCGCCGGCGCGCCGAGGGGCAGGCCCAGCUUCCCCCCGCAUGGAGGGCCUGGACCGAGCCGCGGAGGGCGGGGAGCGAGAGGAGGCGUGCAGCCGAGAGGGCGAGGAGGGGUACGUGGUGUUCGGGGUGGCCGCGGUGGAAAUGUAGGAGGAAAGCGCAAAGCUGAUGGGUACAACCAGCCAGAUUCCAAGCGUCGCCAGACCAAUAAUCAGAACUGGGGCUCUCAACCCAUUGCUCAGCAACCCCUCCAAGGUGGUGAUCAUGCUGGUAACUAUUUUGGUUACAAAUCUGACAACCAGGAGUUUUAUCAGGAUUCUUUUGGGCAACAGUGGAAGUAAACCAGUAAGGCUUUCAUAAAAGGAAAGAAUUUAUCCUUUCUGCCUUGUUUUUUCUCAUUUAGAGACUUGAUCUAAUUGGCCCUCUAUUCCAUUUUGUUGCCAGCUUUAUUUUUUUGUUUUUUCCACUCAAAAGUUAGUGACACCUGGCAGGAUAUCUUUAUGUAUAUAUUUUAUCGAUCCGCUUGGACUCGAUCUAGUCACUCUCACCUGCUUCUGGCAAACUGCAUUUUUUUCCUUUGUUGUUUUUGUUUUUUUAAGGUGGUCGUAAAAGAUUCUUCAAAUCCAACUUUUCCAACAUUUUUAGAUGCGAAAUGUGCUGAAGCUGUCUAUUUGGCUGUAGCUUAAUGUAUGUUUUAUAGAAAUUCUGAUUUUAAUGUUUUAACUAGUUAAAAUAAAAAAGCUACCAAGCUUCUGUCUCCUAAAAAUGUAUUUAAUAAGAGUGAAAUUACAAUUUGUAUUGUAAAAGUAAUGCGUGUCUUGUUAUUGAAAAGAAAAAAAAAAAAGGACAACCGUAGUCCUCAUUUUUGGGCUUUACAUUUUGGCUUGUAUUCUUUGCUGUUUGUCUGCUUUAAUAAACAUACACGCACACGUGUACAAAAACUUCAAAUUGUGUCGCAAAUUCAUGUUUCGGCAAAUUCUCUUUUCAAAUUUUCUUCAAAUUUAAGGCUCCAUGUGGAAGAAGGUGGACUGAAGGUUUGCCAUUGUUGGCCAUAUGCUACAGUGUCACCUUGCAUGCCAUCCAGUUCCAAGUCACCUUCUGUAGUCGGCAUCUCAGAGCUCUGUCUGUGUAGUGGCGUACCUCAUGUCCCAAAACAUCUCACUAAUUGGUGUCCCAAAUUCACUGUCAACGCAGCGACGUCAGAACGGCCUGGGGGGGGGGGGGGGGGGGGGCACAAAAGCACAAUUGGAUUGUAGCCUCAGACUGAAGCUUUUCCUGGUCCCAGAAGGAACUUUGCUGUUCACAGCGUGGAAACUAAACCUGCAUGUUUAUCUCCAGGUUUGGCGCCGGACUUGUGUUGGGAAGCAGCGCUUUGCAUGCCUCCUCCCUGUAGAUCUGAUUUAUGCCCUCAUUCCUGCUUCACCCGUGUCUCUGCCAUCUCAGCCUUUCCCCGCUGCUCCCUUAAAGUUUCCCGGCCAGAAGCGGCUAGUUUGUCAGGCGCCGGCGUGCAUGUUUACUCUGCUUCUGUCACGCCGGAGCUCCCCCCGCCACGUGUCGGUGCUCAGUGUUUAGGGAGCUCGGCGGCAUUUGAGUGUGUAGAUGUUACCUGAUGCUGUUUUCCAUCCUCUAAUAACUUCCUUUUGUUACCUGGCUAGCAGGGAAGAGGGGUGGAGGCCGGCCCUGAUGUGUUGCUCUGAAGACUGACGAGCACAUGGCGUUGCACACUGCAGGCUGCCCGUGGAGGGAAUGAUUUUAGCCCCGCCUCCUCUCGUCCGGAUUCAAAAUCAGCCACGAGAGACGUGAUGAGUGGGAGUUCGUGAAUGACAUCCUUCUGGAUAAAGCUUUGCACAUUUUUUUUUUUUUAAAGUUUGGAGUGGUUCUGGGGGACUGGAAGCCUUCUGCUGUUCGUACUCGCCAUAAUCUACUGGGAUCUGAAACGGCGUUUAGGCGUGACCACCUGGUAUUCAGGGCCUGCCAUCCCAGCGAUGUGGUUGGUUAACUACCUCUGGCUCGGUCCGCUCUGGCCCUCAGGAGACGACGGCUUCCUUCCCUCCUCUCUCGCUCCACUUCUUCUGAAUUGCACAAGCAAAAACCCCACGAAGCACAUCCUGAACUUCAGUUCUCCUCUGACGCGUGACGAGCUGCAGCUUCUGCAGGCAACGUCUGCUGCUUCUGAAACCAGCCUCCCGGUCGCCACGGCUGGAAGCGGCUCCAGCCGUCUUUGGUCUUCCACAACAACAGCAAAAACUGGUUUUGUGUCCAUGCCGAAACGCGUGUAGCCUUUUGUUUGUGGCGCGUCUCCGCUCCUGAGCGGCCACUGAUGUCUGGCAAAGCUGCCUUAGUUUGGUGCCUGGCGUGGGGACGUGGUGGAACGUCUCCAGCUCCCACAGGGAUUCAAACGUGUCCCGGGCCUCAUUGUUCCUCUACCCGAUUAUGAAGUCGUCAUGCAUAAUGUACUUUAGCUAAAUGUGCGGUAAAUUGUGUUUGCUUUUUUAUCGAAUGCUCUGGAAACCAAAUUUCCUUACAGAAAGGUCACCUUUAAAAGGGAAAGCUGCCUUUUUAGAUGGAAGCAUUGUUUUUUAAAAAAAAAAGAUCAAAAGGAGCAUCAGAUCUAUAGUUAACACGGAGCUUCAAGAUCAUGAAUAUUUAUUUAUAAAAUGCACUCAGUGCAGCUCUGAUCAAAUACUCAGCUGCACCCUCAGUCGUGCUCGUCCACCAUCAUCGCUGGAGGAGGUGCGUUUGCUCCUUUCAGGCCCAAACAAAUCCACAUGUCUGAAUUUGAAAUGCUUCUUCAGAUCUGUGCUACUUUAGCCGCUGAGCUCUGAAGGCAGCUGAGAGGAAAACCCAUGUCAGACGUUUCACGUCAGACUGAUUCUCCUGUUAGCUCAUGUUGUAGUUUUCCUUCCUCUCUGAGUCUGGAGGUGUUUGUGUGUGAACAGAACCUGUUGUUGGACGUUUUAAACACUCUUUGUUACUGCGUCGUAGUAUUUUUGCCACUUAUCUCCAGUCUUGCUUCUUUCAGGUGAGAUAACACUUUGCAAAUGAUAAUCAGCAUUUUUAUCUGUCUUAGAAUGAGAUUUGUUCUGUUCAAUCAUUGGAUCUCCAAUGGUGAGGGUCAAGUCUUUGUGUUUGUGUGUGUGUGUGUGCAAGUGUGUGUGUGUUGCAACUGAAAUGUUUUAUACUGUACAGUGAGGUGAAUGAGACCUAUUUUUCUAAUAAAUUUAUUGAUUUUAAA